AUCAGCUUCCUACCACCUAUUCCUGGCGAAAAAGCAGCCACUCCGCUGCCUGCUUUUCCCUAUUUGUACCCAGUAUUGUAGCCUGUUCCUUUCCAGCAAUUCAGGGAGGAGGUGGACUAAACUAGCCUCCGCUCCAGUGUCCACCAGGAUAGACCUGGGAGAGGAGAAGUCUUCCGCUACUGGAAAAAACCCUGGCAGGAAAAGCGUUUCCCGGCUCUAAAGCAGAUUUAGAAAAGACAGUCUUCCAUGGACUUCUCCAUCGGCAUCGUGCUCUUCCUGACCUUUGGCUGCAUCUCUUCCCGAGAAUUUAAAUCCAGCAUCUCAGUGAAGAAUGGAUCUCCUCUGGGGAGAUGGGAUAAACCACACUACUGUCCUAAAGGUUAUGCUCACGCAUUCCAAUUGAAGGUACAAGAUUACCAAGGUCCUCUUGCGUGGGAAGAUGAUACAGGCCUGAAUGGCAUCCGUCUGCACUGUACUGAUGGCACAACCAUUGAAUCUACAGUUGGAAAGUGGGGAACUUGGCAAGAGAUUGAGAGUUGCCCCAAAGGCAACCUGAAGCAAUUCUCUCUGCAGGUGGAAGAACACCAAGGGAUCCAUGACGAUACAGCAGCCAACAAUAUCCGCUUCAGAUGUGAAUUUGGAGUUGUUCUGGAAGGUCUUGGACACAAUUGGGGGAAGUUUGGGGGCUGGAGUGAGAGCUGUGCCCCUGGUUUCAUAUGUGGGAUAAUAACUAAGAUGGAUAUUGACCGAGGUAUUGGUGACGACACAGCUCUUAAUGAUGUGAAGUUCUACUGCUGUGACUGAACCACAAGAGACUCAGUCUCUUACAACACAGCUGCCUGUGUUCUAAAAUAUGAAUCUCAAUGACAAUUAAAUCUUGAACUAAGA